UAGCCUGCAUGCGAACCAAAAGAAUAGCACGGUUAGCGGCCCCAUCGCUAGACUACCCGUAUCAUUUACCAGUUCAGAUGGGGAAACAGCAUUAUGAAUCCAUCCAAUGCGUCCGUCAAAGGUGACAGACAGACACUGGGUCCGGGGGAGGUGUGGUGGUGGGACCCUGGAGCUGCUAAUUACUCGUUCGUUCUCAUCAAAAAAUACUCCCCGGCGCUGCGGGUGCAGAAGAGAGGAAAAGGACAAAAUGGGUACAAAAUUGAUAAUGUGAGCAAAAAGGCGAUGGCGUGUGUGGAUUGUGGGAAGCGAAUGCGGAGCAGAGGGGGGAAGCCGGUAAAGCUACGAGUAGCGAAUCUGGGGAAAAGCAGAUGGAAACAACCACUAAAAAAGAAACAAAACGCAUUUUGGCUGAUGACGGCAUCUCCGGCACGAUUGCGGGUACCGUUACUAUCGGUUGGCUUCCGAAGGGGUCGGCUGCUGUAUCGGUACGUCUCCCUCGUAUUCCUCAGCCAUCUCCAAUAUUGUAGCUCGAUACAGCCCUUCCCCUCCGCAAUAAUUGCCUUAGUCGGUGUUGUUGGGUCCCAAUCAAACCUCCUAUCCCAUUCUCCCUAGUAAACACUUUGAUGCUCAUUGCUCCCACAUAUCACCAAUCACGAUGAUGGCGUUCAAUAUUUCAGUCAUUUUGCCUUUUCAAAUA